AUGUGCGACUUUGAGGAGUUCCUCUUCACCUGCAACCACUCCAUCGUCCGUCUCAAGUCCUAUUGCCACUUCGCCCGCAAUGAUCCCAACCACCAAUGCUUUAGCGUCAAGGUCCUCCGCAAUUCCUGGCAGCAAAGUACCCCUUGCGAUGACUGCGUCUCGGCAUGGCAGUCCCAGCAAGGGCACCAGCAUUUCGCCGCCGGUUUCGGCCGGGAAGAAUGCGUGGGCGGCAAGCGCCAUCGUCAUUGA